GUGUGUGUGUGUUUAGCGCCACGGGGAGCUGAGCGCUGAGAACGUCAGGCAGUGUGUGUUGGAGAUGGUGAUCACAGCUCCAGACACUCUCUCUAUCAGUCUGUUCUUCAUGUUGCUGUUGAUCAAACAGAAUCCAGACGUCGAAUUAAAGAUCCUGCAGGAAAUUAACACUAUCCUAGCAGGUAGGAACCUGCAGCACUCACAUCUGUCCAGGUUACACAUUCUGGAGAGUUUUAUCAAUGAGUCGCUCCGGUUCCAUCCGGUCGUGGACUUCACCAUGCGCCGGGCGCUGGAUGAUGAUGACAUUGAGGGCUACAAAGUAAAGAAAGGAACAAACAUCAUACUGAACGUGGGUCGGAUGCACAGAUCCGAAUUCUUCCCCAAACCGAAUGACUUCAGUCUAGACAACUUCCAGAAAAAUGUGCCGAGUCGUUUCUUUCAGCCUUUCAAAUCAGGCCCACGGUCGUGUGUGGGGAAGCAUAUCACUAUGGUGAUGAUGAAGUCCAUUCUUGUGAUGCUGCUGUCUCGUUUCUCUGUGUGUCCUGUGAAGGGCUGUACUGUAGACAGCAUCCCAAAAACCAACGACCUGUCACAGCAGCCGGUGGAGGAGCCCUCGAGCCUCAGCAUGCAGCUCAUCCUCAGAAACUCUCUCUGAUUCACCUCUAACGUAUCUGCUCCUUUGUCAUUAUUAACAUGUAUUUAUCUACUGCUUUUAGUAGUCAGAGAUAUUUCAUUCAUAUGCAAAAAUAAGUCAAAAGUAUUCUCAAAUGGUGUAACUGUAACUGAUUAUUUUUUUUUUAAAUGUGUAGUUUUGCUAUUACAAAUAUUAAUAAACACACACA